GAUGAUAUAACAUCACAAAAAUGCUACGGCUCAAGAGAGUACCUUUCUUUCGAUUGUGUCAAGUGUUACGUGAACGCUCAUUGCUUCGUGACACCUUACAUGUAUGUGUCGAGGAACAAGUUGCAAUGUUUUUGAACACAGUUGGACACAACUUGAAAAAUAGACUAGUUGGUACUAAUUUCACUAGGUCAGGUGAAACAGUUAGCCGGUAUUUUGGAUUAGUUCUUCAUGCUAUAGGUCAGCUAAGCAAUGAGCUUAUCCGUCCACCUUCAUUGGAGACCCCUUCCAAAAUCGCCGGAAACCCAAGAUGGGAUCCAUAUUUUAAGGAUUGUAUUGGUGCUAUUGACGGAACAAAUAUAAGGGCAUCUGUUAGUAAGUCUAUGGAAGCAGCCUUUCGUGGUAGGAAGUCAUUUCCUACACAAAAUGUGAUGGCAGCGGUAGAUUUCGACUUGAAAUUCACCUAUUUGUUGGCUGGUUGGGAGGGGACAGCACAUGAUGCUGUGGUUUUAGCAGAUGCACUAGAGCGUCCGAAUGGCCUUCGAGUCCCUGAAGGAAAAUUCUAUUUAGUUGAUGCUGGAUAUGGAGCAAAAUCUGGCUUCAUGCCACCUUUCCGUGGUGUAAGGUACCAUUUGAAUGAGUGGGGGAACAAUCCAGUUCAAAGUGCAGAGGAAUUAUUCAAUCUCCGGCACUCUUCUUUGCGAGUAACUGUAGAGCGUGCCUUUGGAUCACUCAAAAGGAGAUCGCUUCAUCUUACCGGAAACCAAUUGGACUCCCAACUCUCGGAGGACAGCUAGGCAACUCGCAAAUGA